AUGGAUUCGCGGCCUAACAUUAUAUUCGUUCUUGUCGAUGACCAUGCCUCCAAGGCUAUCAGUUGUUACGGCGCGGGAAUCAAUCACACUCCAAAUAUUGAUCGACUCGCGAUAGAGGGUAUGCUGUUCAAGCAUUGCUAUGUCACAAAUUCAAUCUGCACCCCUUCAAGAGCUACAAUUCUGACGGGAACUCAUAAUCAUGUUAACGGUGUCAUGACUCUUGACGACACGAUGGUCGGGAAAUGGCACUUGGGUGAAGGUUCAGCACACGAGCCAUCAGGAUUCGACUACUGGUCGGUCCUUCCGGGCCAGGGGGACUAUUGGGAUCCGGAAUUCAUCGAGCCUGAUGGUCAUAAGCUGAACAGAGGGUAUGUCACAGACAUUAUCACGGACAAAAGUCUUGCCUGGAUAGAGCGUCGAGACAAGAGACGCCCGUUCUUUCUCAUGUGUCACCACAAAGCACCGCAUAGAUCUUGGGAAUGUGAUGAUAAGCACAAGCAUCUGUAUUCUGAUCCAAUCAGAGUACCGGCGACGUACAAUGACGACUACAAGAACCGAGCGAAAGCUGCCAGCGUGGCAAAGAUGCGUGUGGCUGAGGACCUUACGUAUCAAGAUCUCGGACUGGUCCAGCCAGAUGGUGGCGAAUCAGUCGGAACUCGUGUUGCUCAAGAAUCAGGAUCAUCCCAGCGAAAGAUUCCAACUGACUACAAGCGCCUGAAACUCAUAGAUAAAGACACUGGCGAAAUAUUCAGAUUUGAGAGCGAGACUGCACUUUCCACUUUCAAAUUCCAGCGCUACAUGCAGAGAUACCUCCGAACAAUCCAGUCUAUUGAUGACAACGUUGGGCGCAUACUGCAAUAUCUCGAUGAGAAAGCGCUGGCUGAAAACACGAUUGUGAUAUAUUCCUCAGACCAGGGAUUCUUCCUGGGCGAGCACGGUUGGUUCGACAAACAAUUCAUGUUUUUCAUUUCACUUUUAACACUCUCCACCGGCGCUUGGGCGGCUGCCAUUUGCAAACUGCAGACGCCUGGGUUCGAUACGGAAAACGGAGUGAUCGAUGAGAAUUGCUGUGCGGCAAUGACUGUCAUAUUCGCGCGUGGGACCAUUGAGCUUGGCAACGUUGGAACAUUCGCCGGACCACCAUUCUUCAGCGAACUCCGAUCGCAGCUAGGCAGUACAGGUGUCCUAGUGCAAGGUGUUGACUAUCCCGCCAGUGUAAUCGGUCUUCUCAGCGAUGGCGGUGACGGAGGUCCAACAAUGAAGUCGCUCAUACAACAGGCAAGGUCUCAAUGCCCAGACACCAAAAUAAUCGCUUCAGGUUAUUCGCAAGGAGCUGAGGUAGUCCAUAACGCCCUUUCAGACUCAUCUAUUGCCAGCCUUGUGAGCGGUGCAAUUCUCUUUGGCGAUCCAGACACCAAGAAAAGUGUUGGCGCAUUACCCGAUGAUCGAGUGCAACGCUUUUGCGUUCAUGGUGAUAUCAUCUGCGAGACAGGAAUCCUUAUUGUAGAUGCAAGCCAUCUGAGUUACUUUUUCUAUGCGAAACAAGCAGCGGCCGCUGCAAUAGAUCUAAGCGGAGUCUAA